GCCCACCCAGGGCCUGAAGCUGCUGCAAGGGAGCUGCAGGGGCCGAGAAGACUGGGACCGGUCGGGAAAGCUGGGAUGGGUGGAGAGUACCUAAGUGCCCCCCACACACACAGCCCUCCGAGGCGCUGAAGGACUCAGGACGGUGUGGGGACCUGCCUAGGCGCCAGCGUUUGGUUCCCAGCUCCCCUCGCCGCUGGCUGGGUGGCUGUGGGAAGAACACUUCCCCGUUGAAAACCUCAAGUUCCACAUCUGUCAAAGGAAGGGGUGAAAAAGACCGAAAACAAGUGUGGCGAAGAAAACUGUGGGAUGAGGAAGCAAUGAAAUAUGUAAUGCUGGGAGAGAAUGUUCACGACACACUGUUUGUUGAAAAAGGGCACGCCACAGACUGACCGAUGCCACCGCAGUUUUCUUUGUUAAAAAACACACACUGGACCUACCUACCUUACCAAAAAAUAAGGGGGGUGGGGUGGGCAAAAUACUCUAAAUACUUCUGCUUCUCUUUAGACUCAGGGAUUGCAGGCAGCCCCUUUAUAGGUCCCUGGAUCCUCUCCAAGGCCUGGAGGCUUUGGCAGCUCUGAGGAAGAAGACAUGGCCCGGGGCCUAGACAACAACAUGCAGAGGUGGGCAAGCCUGAUGGUGCUGGCUGCCCUAGGCACAGCUGUGACUGCGACCACCAAUCCUGGCAUCGUGGCCAGGAUUACCCAGAAGGGCCUGGACUAUGCCUGCCAGCAGGGAGUAGCUGUGCUGAAGAAAGAGUUGGAGAAGAUCAAGAUUCCAGAUUUCUCAGGAAGCUUUAAGAUCAAAGUUAUUGGUAAAGGGCAGUAUAACUUCUAUAGCAUGUUUAUCCAUGAAUUCCAGCUUCCCAGUUCCCAGAUAAAACUGUUGCCCAAUGUGGGCCUUAAUCUUAUCAUCGAAAAUGCCAAUAUCAAGAUCAGCGGAAAGUGGAAGGCAAAAAAGAAUUUCAUCAAAGCCAGUGGCAACUUUGACCUGAGCUUGGAGGGCAUCUCCAUUCUGUCUGCUCUGAAACUGGGCUGCAACUCCACCACAGGCCACUCCACCAUCUUCUGUGCCAGCUGCAGCAGCCACAUGGACAGCGCCCACAUACACAUCUCGGGCAGCAGCCUGGGGUGGCUGAUCCAACUCUUCCACAAAAAAAUCGAGUCCUCACUCCAAAAUGCCAUGUCCAGCAAGAUCUGCGAGGUAAUGAGAAGCUCUGUGAUCUCCAAACUGCAACCUUUUUUCCAGACACUGCCAGUGACUGCCAGGAUAGAUAAUGUGGCCGGGAUCGAUUACUCAUUGCUGGCACCUCCAACAGUCACAGCUGACAGCCUGGAUGGGCAGCUGAAGGGAGAGUUUUUUCGGCUGGGCCAUCGCAGCCCCCCGCCCUUUGCCCCGCCAGCACUGGCCUUCCCCGCUGACCACGACCGCAUGGUGUACCUGGGCAUCUCCAACUACUUCUUCAACACGGCGGGGCUUGUGUACCAACAGGCCGGAGUCCUGCACCUGACCCUCAAGGAUGACAUGAUUCCAAAAGAAUCCAAAAUCCGACUGACAACCGAGUUCUUUGGAACUCUCAUACCACAGGUGGCCAAGGAGUUCCCCAACAUGAAGAUGCAGCUGCUCAUCUCAGUCUCCUCUCCGCCCUACCUCACUGUGCACCCUACCGGCCUUGACCUUAGCCCUGCCCUGGAGGCCCAGGCCUUUGCCAUCCUCCCCAACUCCACCCUGGCCUCCCUCUUCCUGCUUGGUGUGAGCACAAAUAUUUCUGUGAAGGUUGACAUCAAGUCCGGAAGGCUUAUUGGAGAGCUCAAGAUGGACAAGCUGCUCCUACAACUGAAGCACUCCGACAUUGGCCCCUUCUCGGUUGAAAGCCUGCAGAAUGUUAUGAACUUUCUUUUGCCCACUGUUGCUCUUCCCAAGAUUAACGCGCGCUUGCAGCAAGGCUUCCCGCUGCCGCUGCCCACCCACGUCCAGCUCCUCAACCUGCUGCUUCAGUCUCACCAGGAUUUCCUGCUGUUCGGUGCAGAUGUUGACUACAGCUGAAGUCGCCGAGGGUGGUGGGGCUGUCAGCCACCCAGGUGAGGUGCUGUCAGCACCCAUUCCAGCCGGCCCACCUUUUCCCAGCCAUCCCUCUCUCGUUCUUGAUGCAGAACCCCUUGAAGACUCCUCUGAAUUCAGAUUCAAAAAUGAUCUAAACACAGGGGACCUUGCUCCUUGGAAAAGUGGUGGUGUGAAGCCCUUGGAACUUCUUCUAAGGGCUAUUGCUGCAUGCACAUUUCCUCUAGGAAUUGUGUUUCCGUUGUAACCACAAUACUUCUUUUUGUGAUACACACACAACAACAACAUUUGUUUUUUACUGUGGAAUUCUGUGUGAUGGUUUGUUUCUUGUUUUAUGUCCAUUCAUUCAAUUGUUGGCCGAACUGGUAUGUUAUGGCAGUUCACAGCACAGAUAUAAUCACCUCUUUUUAUUUCUCUAGUUACUCUCUUGAGCCCCCACUUGCCUCCUAAUGUCCAUUUUUUAGGACAUCCCUCAUUCUGCACUGCCCAAGAGUACUUGGGCUUACUUGGCUCAAAAGGAAAGUCUUGCUUCCUAAUAUAACCUCAAUCCACUGGACUGUUGUUCCUGCUACUGCCUCAUGGUGUCACUGUUGAACAAUGAUUCUGCACAGCCCGUUGUCUUCCUGUGUAGUCACUGUGACCAUGGCUCCAUCACCACCAAUGGGCUUUGAUGUUGAACAGCUAUCCUGCACAACCUACACACAAACACUUGCCCCUACACAGUCACAUGCAUGUGAUGGCUCCCUUAGUCCAUGCUCUCCUGUCCAGCCAUUGUGCCCAAAGCAGAACACUGGGCCAAGGGACAGACACCCUUGAAGUUUUUUCAGUCAAUCACAUCCUCAGUUGCAAUUAACACUUCCCCAAGACUCUCCAGGCUGGAAUGGAAACCAGAUGCUCAGGCCAGGACUCUUGGUGAAUUUCCUUAGGGGCUCUAGGCCACUUCCUACCACAGGGCAUCAGGUGUGCCUGUCUCGGGCUACUGCAUGGGUCUU